UUACUCCCAGUCGGCAGCGGCGCAGGCGGCGGCGGCACAGCGCGCACCGCACCCGGCGCCUUAGCAGUAGCAGCAGCAGCAGCGGCCGCCGCAGAAGCAGCAGAGGCACCCCCGCCGUCACAGCCCCUGUGCUGGUGCAGCCACCCUCGCUCCUUGUGCGCUUCCUCUCUUCGCUAGCACCAUGGCCGAUCAGCUGACCGAAGAACAGAUUGCUGAAUUCAAGGAAGCUUUCUCCCUAUUCGAUAAAGAUGGUGACGGCACCAUCACAACAAAGGAACUUGGAACUGUCAUGAGGUCACUGGGUCAGAACCCCACAGAAGCUGAAUUACAGGAUAUGAUCAAUGAAGUGGACGCUGAUGGUAAUGGCACCAUUGACUUCCCGGAAUUUUUGACUAUGAUGGCUAGAAAAAUGAAAGACACAGACAGCGAGGAAGAAAUCCGCGAGGCAUUCCGAGUCUUUGACAAGGAUGGCAAUGGCUACAUCAGCGCGGCAGAGCUACGUCACGUCAUGACAAACUUAGGAGAAAAACUAACAGAUGAAGAAGUAGAUGAAAUGAUCAGAGAAGCAGACAUUGAUGGCGACGGGCAAGUCAACUAUGAAGAAUUCGUACAGAUGAUGACUGCAAAAUGAAGACCUGCUUUCAGCUCCUUUUUCCCCCCCUCUAGAAGAAUCAAAUUGAAUCUUUUACUUAUACCUCUUGCAAAAAAAAAAAAAAAAAGUUCAUUUAUUCAUUCUGUUUCUGUAUAGCAAAACCGAAUGUCAGAAGUACCUUCUGUCCACGCACAUACACACACACACACAAUCUGCAUGUAUUGGUUGGUGGUCGUGUCCCCUAAAGAUCAAGCUACACCUCAGUUUGACAAUAUAAAUACUUGUUCUAUUCCUUAAAGGUGAGGAAGCACUUAGUGGACUCCUUAAAGUUCCAUCUGCUGGUGAUGAACACACCGUUUGGGCUGGCCAGUUUUUCAUGCAUGCAGCUUGACGAUUGAGCACAGUCAGGCAUUUGUAUUAAAAACGAAAAAUGCAAAAACAAACUCAAAACCUGUCCAGAUGGGUUCUAGUUCACUUUGUUAGUAUAAACCGUGGCUGGUUUACUGAGAACACACAUUUGUGAUUCGUUUACCUCGGGGUGAUGUGCAGAGAAAUGGGUGAGGGAUGACCUGGUGAGACAUAGCCCUACUGGUAGGACGGUCCUCUUGUACUCCCGUGUGCUCCGACCCAUGGCAGUGGUGACACACGCUGGCAGCAUGCCUGCCUCUGUAUGCUGGUUUACCGUCUGCAUUGUGCUAGAGUGACCCAGGUGUCAGUCUGUCACCAUCCACACAAAUUUUUACAAAAGAAACCUUGACCGAGGGAGCAUCUUUGGACUCUCUGUUUUAAAAACCUCCUGAACCGUGGCUUGGAGCCAGCAGAGUGGGCUGGGCUGUGGACUCCAGCACAACCAUCAACAUUGCUGUUCAAGAAAUGACAAUUUACGUCCAUUCCAAGUUGUAAAUGGUAGUUUUUUUUUUUUUUUUUUUCCAAUAAAAGACCAUUAACUUAAAGUCGUGUUAAAUGCUUUGUAAAGCUGAGAUCUAAACGGGGACAGGGGAGUUGGAGGGGAGGCCAAUGUGUAGUUAAAUGCCCAUAGCCCAGCAUUGGGCUCCCCUCCCUCCAAAGGAACCAACCAAGGGGCCCAAGACCUUGCCUAAAACCAAGCAGAUACCGAUGGCUUCAUCCCAUUUACAGACAUGUAGUUCUAGUUGCUUUUUCACUGGGCUUGGGGGAGGCAAAUGAUAGUAACUUUUAAUGACCUCUUCAGGCAACAGCGCUCUUAUGAUGGAAAGAAAAAACACACUUCUCUUAAGCAUGUAUUUUUAGGGGUUCUUGGUUGUGCUGCUGAUUACCUGUUUCAUGUAACUACUGGAGACCAUCUGUGCAAGAGACGUGAUUUAGUGCGUCUGUAACUCAGUCCUCGCUGUGUGUGGUAGAAGCAGUAGUCACUUCUAAGCCAGUCUCUUCAUGCCUAAAAGAUACUACCAGUCACCUUUUGAUCCAUGACUAUACUUAAACUUUUUUUCUUGUAAGUUGACUUUGCUUUUUUCCCUUAAGUGAAACUAAUGCUAGCCUUCAGCUUGAGAGAAUUGCAGUCCAGAGUGAAUUUUGUGUCUAAUUAUAAACCUGUAAUCCAAACUAAGGGAUGCCGGUACUGGUCCUUGUGGUGGGAUUGGCCUAUUGAAAAAGCCCGUUUAAAGAUGUCAAAAAAUUUUUUUUGAAACGAAGGCCGCGUGUGCGUUUUUUCUGAGUGUUAACUGGUUGUAUCUUAUUAGCAAGGAGAUUGGAGUCUGUGUGGGUGGUUUUAAUUUGCCAGAGAACAGUGGCAGGCUGCUUAGGAGCAGGAAGCUCUUGGCAGCCAGCUGGGUGCAUCCGGAACUGAUCUGUCGCGCCCCCUGGCUUCUCCCUCUCCUACUCCCUGUCUUUCUGGUAUUUUGCAGCUUGUUAGGUUUUUUGCCAGAGGGGUGGGUAAGAGCAGUGGAGAGGGGACACUGCCCAUCUGCUUCUGCGACUGGUGCUUGGACUGGGGAGAGGUUGAUCCUAGGAACUAAGGGCAGACCUUCAUUCUUCCCUGACUGAAGGAACACCUAAGACUACGUUGGUGUUUCUCUUCUUUUGGUGAGAUAGAAGGAGUGGGGCUCCAGGAAUGUCUGCAGGAGACCUUUGAAUGAGUUCAUGACCUGGAUGUUUCUCAGGGGGGCUGUGCUCAAUGAGCUCUCAGUAAUUUUAAAGGGGGGGAGGGAUUGAUUGAUCUAAAAAAUUUAAUCUUUUACCAAGUCUCUUUUUAGAAGCUGGGUGGACUCCAUUUUAUGGUUCAACAGCCUAUCCUAAGGACUACCUUUGAAACCAGAUUCUUGGGUGGCCUGGAUCCUCCAGAAACCUUUCCCCAGGGAACUCUUGAGUGCCCGUUUGGUGCAUAGGUGAGGCAGAGCCUUGGUACUUUCCCCUGACAUUUGGGGGGACAACUAGCCCUGGGGUUGGGUGUUGGCAGUCUGCAUCAGUUUGUGAGAAGAAAUAGCAGGAUGUUGGGCAGUACUCAAUGUUGGUUGGCACCUUCCUCGUCACCCUCCUGUAAACUCUUGCCCCUACUUCUAACUGUUCUAUAAAUAUAUACAUACAUUUAUAUACACGAAGUGACUAGUUCAACUGGCAUCCCGCUUUAGCCUGAGACUUCCCAUAAAAAAAAAACCCUCUGAGUACUUGGCAAACGCUUUCAUAGUUUUGUUCUCCGUCUGUUUGGGGUAGGUAUUGAGCAAGGCAAAUGUAUCUUGACAUUUCAGAUGGGCUUCCGACGCCCUGUUGUCAAGGAAGGUUUUUUCUGAUUUUUUUUUUUGGACAAAUGAAUUUUUGCACACUUUUAAUUGGCGUCUUUCGGCAACUUAAACCCAUUGGAAAUUUGCUCUUGUACAUAUUUUUAUAUUCUCUUUAUAAAUGCAUGUCUGAUUGUACUUGUACCAAUAUUGUAACGAACAGCUGUCCAUUCGGCCUCGUGCUGCGGUGUCAACGACAGAGGAAUAGUGUAUUCUCAGCCUCUUGGCAUACUGGGAACAUUAUCUUAACCACCGAAUGUAAAUUUGGUCGCAACUGCUCUUCAUUCAUUCGAUUACUUCAAAUAUUUGAAUUGCUUAUUGUAUAUCCUCACUGGAAACCCUGGUGGUGCAGUGGUUAAGUGCUACGGCUGCUAACCAAGGGGCCGGUGGUUGAAAUCCACCAGGCGCUCCUUGGAAACUAUGGGGCAGUUCUACUCUGUCCUAUAGGGUCGCUAUGAGUCGGAAUCGACUCGACGGCACUGGGUUUGGUUUGGUUCUUUGGGUAGCCUCACUACAUUUACCCUUCAGGCAGUGACUAGAUUCCACUGCUGUGUCUUAUUAAUCUCUCCCUUCACCUGGUAGUUGCGAUUUUUAUCCCUUGAAGUUGUAGGAGACAGAGAUUCUUCGCUGUCUGUCUGUACCCCUUGGAGGAAGAAGGUAGCAGCACAGGUGGAGUGUGUGUUCUUUCUCCAAAUCGCUUAUACUGUUCAUUAAACACCUCUGUAGCAGAGAUGGUGGCAGUUCUUUUGUUACGGAGGUUGCCCUUCACCAUGGCUAUUUGACGACGAGAUGUACUUGAAUGUUUCUGUAAAUUUUGAGAUGAACUGUUUUUGGAGAUUUAACCACCUCUCUGAUGGGGGACCAACUCUAUGGAAAUUGUAAAUAAGUUUUAUUUAUAAACCUGGCACUGUAUUCAAUAAACAUUUCUGCAGCCUUUCAUCUCUAACUGCGAACCGUGUAGGUUUUUAGUUUGCAUAGCUCUCGAUCCCUUUUACUCUCUGAACAAGAUGGACCUGUCCGCGGAUGUAAUUCCACCUGGACUGUGGUGUAGAGGCGAGAGUGAGAGGCCAGAAGUACCAGAGACACGUCCACUACAGCCUUAGUUGUAAGUAGCUAGGAGUGUUAAUAAACGGAAAAAAAAAAAAAAAAAACCAAACCUGUUGCCCUCAAGUGGAUUCCCC